GCCUAGCCUGUAUUUUGAUUGGCGGGUGGUUUUGCGUAGGCGGAGUUUUUACCGUGAGAGUGAUAUUUUGAAUCACGAUCACCGGCGCCGAGAUAGAGAUCUAUGGCUAUGCGUGAUUUUUGAAUACUUGUGGAAUCGGCAGAUGAAUAUAAGCCUACUGUAUGUAUGAAUUAUUAGACACGAAUAGACAUGGACUUGGAAGAAAGAAUUGAGAGAUUGGAACAGGAAUUGAAGGAGAGUGAAGCAAAUGGUCGUACAGCAGCUUCUAUUGGUAAACAUCUUCUUGAAACCAACAAGGAGCUAGAACAAAGAAAUGAGGAUCUCAUCACAGAACACACUAAACAGAUUGAGGAACUGGAGCAGGAGAAGUAUUCUCUGCAGAUGCAGCUGGUCAACAAGGAGAGUAUGGAGCGCCACCAUGCAUCAGAAAUUGAGAAUCUCCAGGAAAGAUUGAAGCAGGAGAGCAGGAGUCUCAAGGAGCGUCUAGAGCUGGAGCAUUCCUGUGAAGUACAGAAGGUCAAGAAAACUUGUGAGGGUCUCACGUCUGAUCUGGAGCUAGCAAGGAUCCAAAAUGACCAACUCAAAGAACAGGUGACCAACUUGGAAGAUGAAUUAGAGGAAGCCAGGAAUAGAGCUAAUAUUACCAUCAUGGAUAUGACCAUGACAUCAGAAGAAAAAUUGUCUACCUUACAAGAAGAAGUUAUUAACUUAACCACUGAAAAGGUGCAGUUGACAAGUCAAGUUAAAGAGUAUGGUCAUCAAUUAGAUCAGCUACGCUUCACAAACCAUAAACUAAAAGUAAGAAAUGAGGAAGUUGAAGGGAGAGCAGAGGAAGAACACCAACAAUGUAUUUCAUACUCAAGAUCUCUUCAGGAAACUCACAAGCAACUAGAGGAACUACAAGCUGAGCUAGACCUGAUUAAGCUUGAAUCGACAGAUCCUAACAAAAAAGGAAAUUCCCUCUUUGCCGAGGUUGAAGACAGACGUCAGGCUAUUGAGAAGAAGAUGAUUAGUCUUCAGUUACAUCAUGAUGCACUCCAGAAACAACUCAACCACAAGAAACAACAGGUCCAUGGUUUGAAGUACCAAAUUGCUGGACUGCUGCAGAUGGACAGAGGUAGAGUGGCUGCUGAACAGGUGGAGCGAUUAGAACAAAUGCUUAGUCAGAGCAGAGGAGAGGUACAAACACUCACCCAUAAACUACAAACUCUACAGAAUCAACAGAUUCCUGAAUUUUCAGCAAAUGAAGUUGAAGGGACUGGAGUGAACAUGAAUCUAGAUGGUUUGAAGAGGUUCUAUCAAAGUAAAUUGGAACUAGCCAAAAAAGAGAAAGAGCAGUUGGAGAGAGAACUUCAAACAGAGCGGACAAAGCGCAUGUCUUUGGAGUAUCAAUUGAUUGAAUGCCAGAGGGCACUGUAUGGAACAGAGAGAGAGGUCCAACGAAUCAAGGCAGCCAAUGUUAAGAUCACUCUUAAGAUGGAUGAUCUCAAAUCCAAGCUGGCUGAGAAUGGUAUUGUUGUAGACAAGGAGGUGAAAGGUGGUUACACUGAAAAGAUUCCAAUUCCUGAGAAAUUUAAAAAGAAAUCCAAAGAGUCAACUGAGGAGAAAACUACUACUGAGCUUCUAGGUCGUACCUCUGAGCCAUCAUUGGAAAAAAGCCCACAAUCAACAAAAACUUCAUUAGUAGAAGAUAGAGAGCCACUUACAGAGCAAAAACCUAACGUAUCCUCAGCAAACGGUUGUCCGAGGAAGGAUGGCGGAUCCAAAAAGAAGUGUGUAUCCAUCAUGGAGGAUGUUACCGUUGUGGAUGAUGAAGGUAGCCAGACCAAACGUAGUGUGACAGAAGACGAAGAGAUGGUGGAAUUAAAGAAGAAACAGAAAAGGGAAGUGGGGAUGAAGGACAAUGGUGAGGGUUCAUCGAGGGGGAAAAGAGGUGGUAGGGUGGUGAAGAAUGUACCUGUUGUACAUGUCACAGGUGAAAAGAAUGAGUGUAAGCAACAGUGAUGUGGACUAUCAUUACUACAGAUUCUCUGUAGGUUUGAUCUAUUGUACUUCAGAGACAAUGAGAAAUAAUACUCUAGUUUCAAAUAUACGCCAGUCAUUUAACUUGACUGAAAUCUUCACCAAAUAUAUGACCCCCCCCCCCUUUAUCCGAUACAAAAUAUGACUAAAAUGAGAAACAUUGUCAUGUCAGAUUGCCCAAAAGUACUGAAACCUGAUUUGAUAUGAUCUUUGUACAUUUGUUCAACUAUAUUUCAUAGCUGUAUGGAACGUAUGAAAGAUAAUAAAGAUGAGACAUCAUAUCAAAAUUAGACAGGAUUUGGUGGUGCAACUAAGAGACUUGGUUAAUGAUUGGAUCAAUGGUAACUAGUGAAUUAAGUGAUGGUUAUUUAUCUAGUACAGGAUUUUCUGGGUUUCUACACUAUUUCACAGUUCAUAGGUUGGUUGCUAUUUCUUUGCUAAAUGCUUGCAUUACCAAAGUGACACAAUCUUCUGAAUCUUUCCACUCUCAUUCUGUAAUUUUGCUUGGGGCCAUUGCCCCUUGCAGUAUAUGAUCAUGGCUGUACACAGUAAUUUUCAUCAUAGACCAAUCUAUAUAAUAAUACCGUAAGGCGACCCUCUGCGAAGCCGUCUGCUCCUCAAUAGGAAUUAUGUGGUAUAAAAACGUGAUUUGCAUUUCCCACAAAGUCUUUUUCCUCACUUUACCCCAGAGAUGGUCUUUUAAUGCAUCGCAGCAAGUUGUCUGCUCACACAAACGGAAUGCUCUUUAUGAAUUUGUCUAAGUUUCAAGAAAUUGACCGUAUUUUUUAUGCCCCAACGCCAGAGAUAAGAGAUACAAGGAAAGAAAGGACAUAAAGAGAAGAAAGGAAAAACAGAAGAAGAGAGGGGAAAGGGAAUUAAGAUCAUCUUAAAGUACUAAUGAAUUAAUGAAUAGGGGGAAAUUAAUCAAAAUAAUGACAAAUUGGAAUAGGAAAGGGUGGCAGGAAGGUGAAAGACAGAAGGAAGGAAAGUGAGGUUAUGGAAUAAAUUGAUCAAUUAUUCUUCAAAUUAACUCAAUUCACAAGGCAUAUUUCUAUUCCUUUUCUUAAUUUUCUCUUUGAGAAUGCCCUGAUGAAAAAAAAAUAGUUCUGAUAGUAGAAAAAAUCCUCUGUCUGAGUGAUUUCAGCACUCAACCAAGAAAUGGCAAAUAAUUAUGAUACAGGUAGAGGAAUUUUCCACGGGCUCUGCUAGUACAUAUAAGAAUGUCAAGAAUACAUAUACAUACAAGAAAGAGAGCAAAGCAACAGCACUAACUUUGAAAGCAUUUUGUGUGUUGUUAGAUUGAAACUGAAGGACUUGUUUUAUCUGACAAGUCAUGUUUUAUCCAACAGUUACCAUAUUAACAGUGCUUCUCAGUCGAUCAAAAUCAAGGAAAGUUGUCUGAUCUGACAACUUGUCGGACAAAAAUGUUACUGAAGCGCUCCCUUGGUGCACACUUCCUAUGUUAAUAUUGUUGAAAACAUGCUAUAUAUUCUUAACAUUUUUUAAAGGGGUGUCCACCCCCCCCCCCUGCCCCCUGUUGUGUACUACCACUAGAAUGAUCCUUAGGAAAAGCCAUUGCAUUGCAUUUAUCUCACAUAAUGAUAUUUUCUUAUGAAGUUCCAUGAAUGUAUUGAAAUAUAUUAACAAAUACCAGUUACCCUGGUAUGUUUCUAUUCUGGCAAAAUAAGUUUGGUUCUCAUAGAUCUAAUUAUAUCAUGAUAUGAGUAGAACUUCAAGGUAUCUAUGUAUUUAAGAUCUCGACUGGGCUCAUGUGGAUUUGUGGAUAACUGAUACUUGAUCAUCAAACUGUGUUUUUAUAUCAUGCUUUUUAUUAUAAUGGUUACAGAUGUAGUUUUCAAGUUUUAUUUGGACCAGCAAGUAGGUUGCCACAUAUAUUUUCAAAUAGUAGUCUUUCAAGGUAUAUGUCAAAAAUACAUUUUUCUUUCAUUACAAGAAAUUGAAAAUUUCCUUUGACUCAUAGUAAAAAAUAAUAAUUUAUUCAAACAAAGAAUGGUAAUCAUACGAAGUGUACACCCUUACUUUUUUUAAAACUUGUUUUUCAUCAUGUCAAUGGGUUUGCCCUCCCAAAUUUUUUUCUGCUAAUUAUUAUAUUGAAAAUCUUUGUGUUGUACAAUGUACAGUGUAUAAAUCCUUUCAAUUAAAAUCCCAGUAAAUAUAU